AUGAAUUCAGUGCGCUAUUCCCUGUUCACCGUCCGCGGCACCAGGCUGUAUCAUGCCCCUGUACGCCCCUUCAGCAAUAUCGCCUCGAUGCGAGGCUGUCAUCAAGAGACCCCUUCAAAUACAGCACUGGCAAGAAAAACCUGCAAGAGCCAGAAAUUUAUCGCAAAGACUCCCUCGAUCCCUGGGUCAACACUUCGUCUCCCAUUCUGGUCUUGCCAAUCAACCUGGCGAAGAGCGGGAAUCAACACUCUCCGCUGUCUAGUAGGCUGCACCGCUGGAGAUUUCUCUGCACUGUGGAUUCUUCAAACCUACUACCCAGAAUUGGGCAUGAGUAGUAUCAUGGCCAUGUCGAUGGCGUCUGGUAUCACAACUUCCAUCAUCCUCGAGACCGUCCUGCUCCGUCGUGGAGCUGACCAGCUUCCAUGGGUAAGAGCUGCUCGUACAGCUAUGGGUAUGAGCAUGGUUUCUAUGCUGGCCAUGGAAAUCGCGGAGAAUCUGGUCGAUUAUCAUUUGACGGGUGGGCUAGUCGCGUUUGGGGAUCCGAAGUUCUGGCUGGCAGCUGUUGUCUCGAUGGGAGCUGGGUAUUUGGCGCCUUUGCCUUAUAACUAUCUGCGUUUGAGGAAGUAUGGCAAAGCUUGCCAUUAG